UUGAGGAAAGCAAAUCAUAACAAAUUGGACCUGAAACACUAAGUUAAAUUAAAAUGAGCUUCUCGGAAAAUACCUCCGACUCAGAUUGGAAGGAAGCCAAAGUGAAAGUAUCUCGGACCAUCAAGGAAUCUAUAUCCAGUUCGGGAAGGAGGACAAGAGAUAAAGAAAAACACAAGAAGUUGUCCUUAAGCAAACCGAAGUACAACCAGAAGUUCUGUGAGAAAUGGUUAAAGAUUUUCGAACCAUGGCUCCGGCGGGAUCCCAAUGACCCACACAAGCCCUUUUGCCGGGCUUGCCAGUGCAGCAUGGACUGCAACCGGUGCCACCUGGUCCGGCACGAGCUCACCACGAAACAUAAGCGGAAUUUGGAGUCAUAUCUCACCCAAGGUGAGAGCCUGGACCGACGAGAGGUGCGUGUGCGUCAGGAGCGGAGCAAGUAUUACCAUCAGCGAAGACCAGCCAAGCACGAAAACAAAUCAGAGCCUCAAUCAAGUAAAAACCCUGAGCAACUUGGUAAUUCCAUUGCUCUGGUACCUGAUGAUAACAUAGGCUCCGUAGAGGAGGUUGCUGUACCCAAACAGGAACUAUCAGAGACAGAAGCCAUUGCGAAAACGGAACAAACUGCAAGUAGCGAACCCAGGCCCUGUGCUUCCUCUGCUUCAAACCAAGAGGGCCUUAAACUCUUGCUACAGAUCCACCAGGACAAGAACGAGUUGAUGGAAUCAUUUCGGGAACUGAUGGGAAGCCAGGCUCAAGUGCAGCACCCUUCAGCUCCGGCGCCGUCAAAGGAAAAGAACCAUGUUGACCUGUUCUUCGAGAGCGUUAGUUCUAGCGUUAAAGCAUUAUCACCCAAGCUCAUUGCCGAGGCUAAGAUGCGCGUUUCACAGCUUAUUUGUGAGCUGGAGUUGCGGGGCCUCACUGAUAUCAGUCCCCACGAUGCUCCAGGCGAAAAUCCUCCGACAAACAGUCUAUUUAUACUUCGUCAAAAUGGAACUGGAGGACAGAUAGUACCACAACAGCCACGUUUUAGUGGCGUUAGCUAGUUAGUUAAUAUUACUAUGGAGUAUUUUAUGUAAAUUUCUUGUAGGUAAAUAAGUGUUUGAAUGUAUAUUUUUUUAAAUAGAUGGUU